UUUCUUUAUGAAGUAUGGAACCCAGCAGGGAACAUUAUUACGAUAUCAGUAAAAGGUAUCUGACAUUAAUCGGUCAGUGGCCUUAUCAAAAAUCGAAAGAGAGUUUGCUUUUCUUGAUCCUUAUUCUUGAUGCCAGUGUUCUCGUUACACAGAUUAAAGAUCUCACAGAUCGCUUAUCUAUAGAUUGGGAUAUACUCGAGUCUAAAACAGAACGCGAUAUUAUGAGAAGAUAUGCCGAAAAUGGCAGAUGGUACGUGUUAAUAUACAGCUUGUAUGUUUACAUAUCUACCAUUUCAUUUACAACAACCUCUCUCGUGCCACGCAUCUUGGAUGUCAUAGUUCCUUUGAAUACUUCUCGUCCCAUAAUGAUGCCAUAUCCAGCGUAUUACUUCGUGGACGAAAAUCGAUAUUUUCACUACAUUUUUCUCCAUAUGAUGAUUUGUUCUACUAUAUGUUUAACUGGAUUAGUCGCACACGAUUGCAUGUUUUUUACUUACAUCGAACACAUUUGCGGCCUUUUCGCCAUCGUUAGAUUUGCUAAACUUCUCGAAGAUACUUUCUCGGUAUCGUUUGGUGUGCAAAUCCUGUUAGUUACGAUCUGCUUGAGCAUUACCUUGGUACAAGUGGCCAAACUUACUCAAUGCAACGGAAAUACGCGAUGUAUUCUAUUAACAAUACCAGCGCUUUUGUUGAUGAUUAUGAUUCUGGUGAAACUGUACACAUGCCACUUUAACAAGAGCAAAAUAAAAAUUCUCACUGAUCAUCUGGUUAGCGACUGGGAAAAGUUGAAAGGCGCGGAGGAGUACGAAAUUAUGAAAACGUAUGCUGCGAACGCGAGAUUGCUUUCUUUGGCAUAUUGCUUCCGGACGACGAAUCGGAAGAUCGCAGACUCUGUAUACGCACACCGGCGAGCUUUACGGUUUGCGGAGCUUCUUGAAAAUACUUUCUGCGUUGCCUUCGCCGUACAAAUAAUGAUAGUUACCGUUACGAUGAGUAUUUCCUUGCUACAAAUUGCGAUGCAAAUAGAAGAAAUCGCGGAAACGAUGAGGUAUACGGCAUUCGUCAUUAGUCAAUUGGUCCACUUAUUCUGCUACAGUCUACAAGGCCAGAAAUUGAUAGAUCACAGCUUGCAAAUGCGCAACAAGAUAUAUAAUUCUUCCUGGUACAAUAUACCCACGAAAUCGCAAAGAUUGCUUCUGUACGUGAUGCGAAGGAGCAUGCAACCGAAUUUUUUGAGCGCCGGCAAGAUUUAUGUCUUUUCUCUGAAGAGCUUCACCACGGUUUUACAGUCUUCUGUGUCGUAUUUUACCGUACUUGCGUCUUUCCAUAUGGAACAUAGUAGAGAUUACUAUUACGAUAUCAGUAAGUGGUAUCUGAUGUUAGUCGGCCAGUGGCCUUAUCAGAAGUUGAAAGAGAGUUUGUGUUUCUUGAUUUUUAUACUCUUCCUUGAUGCUUCUGCACUUGUACCACAGAUAGCAAAAUUUUUCGUAUGCGAUAACGCACAGUGUAUUUAUGAAACUUUACCACCACAUAUGCUGACAGUGAUGAUUUUGGUGAAAAUUUUCACGUAUCAAUUUAACAGCCAAAAAAUUAAAGAUCUCACAGAUCGCUUAUUCGUAGACUGGGAUAUGCUCGAAACUGUGGAAGAACACAACAUUAUGAGAAAGUAUGCUCAAAACGGCAGAUGGUACGCGAUGAUAUAUGGCUCGUACGUUUACGUGUCUACCAUUUCAUUUACAACAACCUCUCUCGUGCCACGCAUUUUGGAUAUUAUAUUUCCAUUGAAUACUUCCCGCCCUAUAAUGUUAGCAUAUCCGGCAUACUAUUUCGUUGACGAAAAUCAGUAUUUCUACUAUAUUUUUCUCCAUAUGUUAUUUACUAGCAGCAUGUGUAUGACUGGAUUAAUCGCGCAUGAUAGCAUGUUUUUUACUUACGUCGAGCACAUCUGCGGCCUUUUCGCCGUCGUUAGAUUUGUAAAACUUCUCGAAGAUACCUUUUCGAUAUCGUUUGCUGUGCAACUCCUGAUCGUUACAGUUGGCUUGAGCAUUACCUUAGUACAAAUUAAAGAUCUCACAGAUCGCUUAUUCUUAGACUGGGAUAUGCUCGAAACUAAGGAAGAACACGACAUUAUGAGAAAGUAUGCCGAGAAAGGCAGAUGGUACGCGCUGAUAUACGGAUGUAAAUUCACUCAAUUUCUUGAGAGUACCUUUACAAUAUCGUUCGCUGUGCAACUUCUGAUCGUUACAAUUGGCUUGAGUAUUACUUUAGUACAACUCUCGAUACAGCUGCACGAUUUAGCGGAAGCGAUGAGGUACUCUUUUAUUUUUGGUCAAUUGUUUCACUUGUUCUGCUUCAGCUUCCAAGGACAAAAAGUGAUAGAUCAUAGUCUCGAAACUUGCGACAAGAUAUAUCAUGGCUCGUUUACUAUACCCGUGAAGGAACAAAGACUGCUCAUGUUCGUGAUGAGAAAAAGUAUCGAGGCUAGUGUCUUGUCCGCCGGCAAGCUGUACGUGUUUUCUCUAGAAAAUUUCACGACGGUCGUGCAAAGCUCGAUGUCGUACUUUACGUUACUGUCGUCCUUUGACGUGUCAUGA